CUGUUGAAAAAGAUCAAUCACUAUAGAGCAAGGAGCAAAGCAAAUAAACUAUCCCCUUCUAAAGGUAAAACUAAAUAUGAUUCAAAGCAAGACCAAUCAUCGUCGCCGUUGCAUCUCAAAAUCCCAAAAAACAGACAUUUACCACCGCCGAGUGCGUCUUUGGCACCACCAUCCAGAGCUUCUCUUUCGUUUGCACUAGACCCACGACCUGGUAGCUAUAAUUUUGAAACUUUAAGUUCAGAUGACGACAGUGAUGCUGAAACUGUUCAUAGUUUAUUUUCCCAAGAUUUACAAGCAAGCUCAAAUGAGUCAAAUCAUGUGAACUUUCCAAUCAGCAUUAGAGACACAUCUGGAAUCUCAAAUGUCUCAGACAAUGUUCUCGGAAUAUUGAGACGACGAACUGGAGAUCUCCCACCAAGUCUCACACGAAGAACUGAAAUUUUUUAUCUAAGCCAAGAAAAUGGCGCUUAUGAGAGCAUCAAAGAUGGCAGUGAUGAUGAAAGUCCCUUUCUAUCGCCAGCAAGACCAGAACUUUAUCCCAACUUGAGUCUUUUCUCAACUUCAUAUAUCGAACCUGAAAAGUUUGAAUCAUCAGAUUCUGAUCUAGAUGGUAAUUCAUAUAGAGUGGAGAAAAAAUCAUUCAACACAAAUUUAACAAAUGUGAGCCAUGACUAUGACCCUAAU